AUGCCGCUUCUCGCCGCGGGCGCGCACCUCGGCUUUCGACACAGUCACAACCAUGAGAAGGUCGACCCUCGUGCUAUGCACACCAACGUCGUCAUCGUGACUGAGACGAUCUUCACGACCGUCACGCUUGAGUCAACCUCAAGCUCUGCUUCCGCCGGUUGUUCCGUCAUCACUACCUCCACUGCGCUGCCAGAGCCGUCUGUCACCGUCGAGGUCCCGCAGAAGGGCGUCCCUGAAGUUGCGUCUACAUCUACGUCUACUUUCACGUCCUCUGUUCCUCCUUCUGCCGCUCCUUCGUCUUACCCAGGUGGAAUGUACGCUUCGCUCGACUCUGUCCCAAACGAGGCGAUCAUACUCAACUCCUGCGACUAUGACGUCUAUGUCUCGUCCAUCGGCGACAACAAACAAUGCAACAACAGUCCCGGGAGCGACUGCGUGACUGUAUCCGCCAAUAGCACUUAUUCUGAACCCAUUCGCACCUGUAAGGGGUCUGGCAUUUCACUCAAGGUCGCGAAAUCCACGAGCAUGGAUAAUCCGAUGCAAUUCGAAUAUACCGUCUGGGACGACAAGAUCCAGGUGUCUUACGACAUCUCAUACCUCGACUGCAUGACCAAAGACGGGACCAACUUUGACAAUUGCGCCGGCCACGAAAAAGGCAUUCAAGCCGCGGCCAAGGAUGGCCCAUCCUUCGAGUGCGCCGCUAACGAGCCUUGCGCUGCGGAAGCUUACGUCGUGCCUGAGUUUGGGUACCUUCCCGAUGCCCCAGUCGGCCGCGCUACUGUCGAUAAAGGCGUCGCGUUCGAGAUCUGCGCCGGAAACAGAUCAUGA